AAAUUGCUAUAGUAUAUUUUAAAAUCACAAAAGUGUUUUCUAAUAGUGAAAAAAGUGAUUUCAUUUGAUUUGUUUACGGCUCAUUAAAUAGGGCUGUGUAUGGAGCCAAACUUACCAGUCUGGAAAGCCAUUAUUAAAAUGGUACUAUAAAAACAUAAACAAAUGAUAGCACAUAAGAAGACAUAAAACUCGCUUACCAUUGUUUCAUUUCAUUUCAAUUUAUAUAAACAAUGAUUUAAAUUAAUUUCGUGUACUUCAGGGUUAGAAUUAAACGAUCUCAAAUUCCAAAGGUAGGAUCAAAAUAGAACGCUUUUUUUUUCUUCUGUGGUGUCUUGCAAAUAACAACUUAAAAUGAUAGCUUUGAUUUUUUUGUUUACAUAGGAAAAUUUAUUUGUCACAUAGGUGCAAUCAGGUAAUAAAACGCAUAUUGACCGUUGUACUGUAAAGUACAAUGCCCUCCAUUAAGCGUAUUGCAUUUUACAGUACAACAUCAAGGUCACAGACGUCGCAAGCUUGGUCGGUACUUUUUACUUACACCUUUCACAUUUUACAUAAUGUAUUUUGAUUAUACAAAAUAACACACCAUAAAUGAAGGAACAAUUUAGUCAUGGGAAUGAGGCAUUAUGUUCCCAGUGGCUUCAUCAAAUAUGUUUUUACGUAAAAUGAGUUUCUAUUGAAAUAAUUUUACAACUGUACCAAGUUUUAUGACCUUACUGUAAUAAGUUGUUCGGGAUAUGUGGACACUCCGUACAAUGUUGCGUGAAAAUUUCACAUUACAUAAGAAACCAGUGGCCCUUUCGAUGCAUCAAAAUCCCUGCUGUACUGUGUGUAAGUAAACCAUGUUUGUGUGUCUUGUUUUUAUUUGCUACUGAAAUUAAAACUGUGUGUUAAACUACAAUUCUUUUAUAGUUAAAAAAUGUAAACAAUUAUUUUUCAAAAUGGUGUUUGAAGCUGCUGCACCAUCUGUUUCUGGAAUAUCUCCAGCAGAGGGUCCACCUGGAACUACUGUUAAAAUCAGGGGUGAAAAUCUUGGCGUUGAUAGCAAAGACAUAAUUGCGGUGUAUAUUUGCAAUGUAAACUGUACAUAUACGGCUGAGUGGCAACACUCUGGGUUAAUCCAUGCACGGACUGGAAUGGGUCUUGGUAUGGGAGACAUCAUUGUGGCUACGAAGUCUGGUGGCAUGGGAACAAGUCUUGUAAAAUUUCGAGGUUACAUGCCACGUGUUGGGUUGCUAACCGAGGCAGCUGUUUGGGUUGAUGAAUCUAAAUUGUUUGAAGAAAAACCUACAACAACAUUGACAAAUUCGCGUAACUACACACAGAAUUCAACUUACACGGACCCACUUGGUGUUGCACCUGAGGAAACUGGAGCUGUUCUGCCAGCUGAUAAAAUUGAGGAAUGGUAUCCAGAAAGCUCAAGCAAUCCUCUGUCAGAGAAAUUUAAUCCAUCAAGAUUUUUACUUGAGCGCCAUCUUGAUACUAGUUUUGAUGCUUUGAAGAGUGGCUAUUAUCAUUUACAAUCACAAGACACAAGAACAAGUGUUGGACCCUCAUCAUUCGUUCGGGGAAAUUUAACAACAAUUCUUGACUCUCUUUUCACAUUAACUGAUGUUCAAAAAUCAAUGUUGGUGCAUGAAAGCGAAUCUGUUGGUGGAAAUAUUUGUGAAGAAUUACAAGGCGUCUUAAAAAGCUGCAAUUUUGUAUCGAAUAGUCUGUUUAAAGACAUUUUAUCAAGAAAAGAUGAAGCUGACGCUAAGCGAAAUGUGCUCAAUGUUCUUCAUCGUUAUCGCUUCUUAUUUAAUCUUCCAAGAAGCAUAGAGAAAAACAUUCAGCAGGGCGAGUAUGAAAUAUUGAUCAGUGAUUAUAAUCGAGCAAAGGCUUUGUUUCAAAACACGGAAGUCAAGUCGUUCAAAAAAGCUCUUUCUGAAGUGGAUCAGAAAAUUGCUGCAUUUUCGACUCAACUGAAACACAAAUUAUUUGACUUUCCCACACCUCUGGAAGAACAAAAGAAGUUGAUUAGGUAUCUAAAUGAUUUGGACUAUCAAGGCAAUGCUGGUUGGGAGUGUAUUCAAAAGCAAGCACUAUGGAUCAAAUCUAUGUUGUUGGACUGUCAAGUUGAACAUCAAGGGAAAGAGGAAACUAACAAACUAAUGACUCCUCCUAAUUCUUCACUGGAUAUCAGACAACGACCAAAUGAUUCGUCACGAUCAGCUUCUACACAUAGACGAACACCAAGUGAAACUUCAAACUUCUCAUUCACAAGAUCACAUUCCCGCAGUGCAUCAUUACCAGAAUCUUUACGCAGAUUACAAUCUGAACACUCAAAUGCUCCUCAAGGCGUUUUAAUGAUAGAAGAGUUGUGCAAACUGAUAUCUGCAAAUUUAUCAGAGUUGUGGAAUCUUGGUCAAACCUAUAUUUCCAAUCAAUUAGGAGACAAGAGAGAAGCCUCCAGUAGGAACGAUGAAAGAGAGCACUUUCAAGCCCUUGUUAAAGAUGUUAUUGUUGUCUAUUGUGAAAUGGUGGAAUCUGUUUUACAAAGAGAUGACCGAUCCAGAUUAACAGCUUCACAGCAUCAAUCGAAAUAUUUGAUUCCUUGGCUUCCAGGAGUGGUACGAUCGAUUUGGACAACAUUGCAGAAGCUGUCCAAACUUGGUAUAGCAGCGGAUGUUAUCUUACCCUUGACAUCUUUAACAACAAAUGCUAUUUGUGAUUGUAUCAAAAAAGUUUUAUCAUCAGCUGUUGAAGAUACACAAGCAUUGUGCAAACAAGAGAACUGGGAACUAGAAUAUGAUCGACGUCAUUCUUACUGGAUAUCAAAACUGCCCAGCAUGUUUGAGAAAAUCUUCAGUGAGUCAAUAAGAUUUGUGCAUGAUUUUAUGACAGACUCAAAAAUUGAUAAAAAGUGUGAAAAUCGUUCUGUACAUACUCAUGUUGUCACGUUACUCAAAACAAUGCUGAAGGCGUUCCUGCUUUCUUUAGAAAGAACAGUUUUUUCUGAUCAAGAUAAUGCUGAAGAUCAAAAUGAAACUAUGGAAGAGGAACAACAAGAAAUACUGACUAAGGACAUGCGCGUGAUUGUGUUGCUUAGCAACUGUCAUCAUAUCAAACACGCUGUCAUACCGAAUCUUGUUGAGAUGUGUAUGAAGUAUGGUUAUGAAGAAAUCAAACAAUUUCGCGAGGUUAUUGAAAAUAAAAUCAAUGAACUCGAUAAACGUGUCUAUGGAACAUACAUAGAACUGAAAGGCGAACCUCUUGUUGGUGGCAUCGAACUUGGAAUUAAUAUGGCGGAGUACAAAUGGGAUGGAUCACAACCUGUCGUAGGUGUUCGUCCGUAUAUACAAGAUAUUCUUAUCAAAUUUAUAGUUGUUCACAAACAGAUAUCCUCGGUUUCGCCCUUGUUUACAAAACGAGUGUUUGUAACGUUAAUCGAGUUAGUCGUUGACGAGUUGCAACGUAUCUUCGCGUGUAUCGAUAAAUAUUCGGCGUACGGUGCUCUACAAGCUCAUUUGGAGUUGAAUGCAUUUAAAGAAGCUGUGACGAUGUACAUCACUGAAAAAGACAGAUCGAAUAUUGACUCGAUAAUUCAAAGACUUCCAGCACUUGAAGAAAAAAAUGAAAAAAAAAAGAUAACAUUGUUAACUCAAUUUAAAGAGACGAUGCGAUAUCAACUCGCUAGUUUUGGUUCACCCAGCGACCUCGUUCCAGUGGAUUCAAAAGAAACACUAAAGAACAGGACAUCGUCAAGUAAUUCGGCUGGAAUACGAAGGAGAACUCAAUCGAACGAGAAACAACAGCGAGAUCGUAGUAAAUCGAAAUCAAAGCUGCCUAAGAAAAAACAAUCAUGGGGUGCCCAGGUUGAAGUAGAAAAAUCUCCCCCAGUUCAUGUAGAGGACCAAACAUUACCGAAGGUUAAGGAAUUGAUUGAUACUAAAAAGUCAGAGCACAUUUUAACUGAACCCUCCACUGAAGCCAAAAAAACUAAACGAAGAGCACCGCCUCCUCCUCAGGUGCUUAGUGGCAAGACACACGAGGAUAAGCCACAGUCUGAAAGCACAAAUCCUUUUCUGGAAGAAGAGAGUAGUAGCAAUCCGUUCCUUGACGAUAACGAACCCGAGGAGUCCAGUAAUCCGUUUUUAGAUGACGAUGAAGUGUAAAAGUGGGGGAAGCUGUUCUCAAGUAGUUGACACGCAGUGCAUUGUGGUUGAUCAAAACUAUAUUCUGGGAAUACUACUUUGUACGAAAAUAGCUAGAAUUACUGAUUUUAAGUUAAAACUUUUACAUUUCAAGCAAAAUUUGUGGUUUGGUUAAAGUACAAAGAGAAAAAUAUAAAUCAGAAAGAUUAUUAAUAGUUGCGUUCCAAUCUUUUCAUAUUAAAUUUUAGCCAUUUGAAACUAAACUACUCGGGAAAUACACAAUUAAAAAAUGGGCCGUAGCAGUUUUCUACGAUUUUAGAUAGUUAAUAUUUUACCAUAUAUGAUGCGCCAUCAUGGUUUGAAGUGCGGACAGACUCACGUGAUCUUAACGUAAUACACUUAUUAUUUUUUAUUAUUUUUAUACAUAUUAAAAAUCAAAUUUAAAUUAAAAAUUAAAAUUGGCGAAA